CAGGAUGCGACACCUUUCCCAGCAGUCAUGAAUGUAUAAUGUGUCCAUCGCAAACUUAGACAUGAGUCCCAACUUCAAUGAUCAUACGUCAAACUUACUCACCCACAUCACAUACUGCAAGCACGCAAUGCAUCAUAUCGUGGAGGACUCACAUUACAUUGGCGACUAUAAAAAUCCUGUCCAGCACCUACAACUACAUUCCCUUAGACCACACAGACAACGCAUACAAACACUACUGUUUACAGCAUCACUCGAUCACAUCGAUAACAUAUUUGACCAAUAUCCCAGCUCCACAAGGCACAAAUACGAGCAACGGCCGCAGUUGCAUCCCUGUGCUUACACAACGUCUCCAUCAUGAGCGGGGUACCAGGCAAGGGUAGGGGUAAGGGUAAGGGUUCUGAAGACAAGGAUGAUAAGAAGAAGAGGAAUCCUAUUGAGCAACACCAGAACAAGCUGGAAGUAGAUCAAAAAUAUAGAGAUGAGAGAAAAGAGAGGAACAUGAAGAAGAAAGCAGAAGAGAAAGCAGAGAGGGAAGCAAUCUACGGUCCGGAUCCGACUCCUGAACAAAGGGUGUUGCUCGCACAAAAGAAGAAGAUCCAAGGGCAGAGGGACAAGAGAGCAACGAUAAGUGGUAGGGUUGCGGCACCAGUAAUUUCACUUAAUGAUGCUCUUCGAGCUGCUGGUGAGUAUGCGGAGAGAGUUCAGCCUGUGCCUGCACCUCCUCAUCAAGCCCGCCAACCCGACCAACCCGUCCAGGAUCCAUUCUUCCACCUGGACCAACAAGCUGUUCAAUCGGGGGCACCACUGGGACGGCGCAGGCGACGACGUAGAGGGUCGGAUGGCGAGCUUAAACCCCUAGAUCCGGAGCCAGCCCCUAUAGCUCCGCGGAUAGCACGAGCACGGGAACCGCCGCAUAUUCAAGCAGGUAGCUUCCAGCAGGUCCCCCAGCAACAACCAGCACCCAUGUUGUCGAUUCCCAGUGCCUGUCAAGCUCCAGCGAGAGCUCAAACAUGGGAAACGCCGCCUACUCAAGCAGGUAGCUCCCGGCAGCCCCCACAACCACGAUUAGGAAUGCCGUCUAUUCUUAAUGACUCUCCACCUCCUCUAAGAGUACAAACGUGGGAAACGCCACUUAGUCAAGCAGAUAGGUCCCGACAGCCCCCACAGCCACGAUCAGGAAUGCGGUCCAUUCUCAAUGACCCUCCCCCUCCUGCGAGAGCACGAACAUUGGACACGUCGCAUACUCAAGUAAGUAGCUUCCAGCAACCCCCAUCUAGACCUGUGCAAGGUUUCGCUGAAGAGUAUGCUCCACAUCGCCCUCAAGGAUAUAUUCCCCAACAAACUUCUGCCUAUGGUUCACAGCAAGGCUCCCAUUACUAUGACGCACAGCAACCCGGAUAUGACGCACGCAGAGCAUAUCCAGAAACUCAGCGUCCGCAACGGACAGCCUCAAGUUCGGACCCGUACGCGGCUGUUACUCAUCCUCUUGAGACUCUGACCCUAGAACCACGUCCGUAUCUAGAACAACAACCACUACCAUAUCAGCAACCCUCGUUGGGCGCGACGACGUCCGGUCAACCCGGAAGGCUGAGACACACCCCGCCACAUGACCCUGCUGAUCGUGCAACGCAGCGGCGAAACACUGGAGAUACAGGAGGAAAGCGGUCUGGGAGGAGAUCGAACGUAAACGAUCUUAUCGAUUGAGUCAAUACCUAAGAUCGACUUUGAUGGAGAGAGCUCACGAAUAGAUCAUAUUGAUAUCGUUUUUUUUUGAUGGUAUACUAGAAUGAUUGUGUGGGCAAGGAAGCGUGAGGCAUGGGUUUAGAGCUGGCUCUAGACUCGAUGGAGGGAGGAGGGGUGCUCGAGU